AUGGCGCCUCUCAGGCCAGCAGACCAAGGGCGCGGCCCAUCAAAGAGCCCCGGGCUCACGACCACGCUGUUCUCAAGCCCGGUGCCGCUCUACUGCACGGCGGUGCUGUUCAGGCUGGUGCUUCUGGUCUAUGGCCUCUGGCAGGACGCCAACUCUCCUCUCAAGUACACAGACAUUGACUACCUCGUCUUCACCGACGCAACGCGCUUCGUCUCCCAGGGCCACCCCGCCGGCCCCUACGCCAGGGAAACCUACCGCUACACGCCCCUGCUGUCGUGGGCUCUCAUCCCUACCACCUGGACUGCGCCAGGAACCCCCCGCUGGGUCAAUGUGGCUUGGUUCAGCUUCGGCAAGCUGCUGUUUGCCCUCGCCGAUGUCGUCGCCGGCGCCCUGGUCGUCCGCGUCCUGACCAUCAAGGGACGAGGCGUGCCGGCCAUGGACGCGCCCACGGCGAGGAAGUUUGCCGCAAUCUGGCUGCUGAACCCCAUGGUCGCCACCAUCAGCACGCGCGGCAGCUCCGAGGGCCUGCUGGCCGUUCUGGUCCUGGCCCUCCUCUGGGCAGUCCUGUCGAGGAGGGUCGCCCUUGCCGGUGUGCUCCUGGGCCUGGCCGUGCACUUCAAGAUCUACCCCUUCAUCUACGCCCCGGCCAUCGUGUGGUGGAUGGACCACGACCGCAUGUCGCCUACGCCCGCCACCCAGUCUUCGGCACUUGGCCCCGUCGCUGCUUUCCUCACCGUGCCGCGCCUCAAGCUUGCUCUCGUAAGCUUCGGCACCUUCAUGGGCCUGAACUGGACCAUGUACGCUUCCUACGGGUCCCUCUUCCUUGUGCACACCUAUCUCUAUCACGUCACGCGUAUCGACCAUCGCCACAACUUUAGCCCGUACAACAUCCCCCUCUACUUGGCCUCCGCUUCCCCGGAUGACGUCUCCCGGGGCGUGCGCGUCGAGUCCGUGGCGUUCUUGCCGCAGCUCCUGCUGUCAUGUGUUUUGAUCCCUCUGAUCAUGGCCAAAAAGGACCUGCCAACCACCAUGCUGGCGCAGACCUGGGCCUUCGUGGCAUUUAACAAAGUCUGUACAAGCCAGUAUUUUCUCUGGUAUCUCGUCUUUCUCCCGCUCUAUCUUCCACGCUCCUCUUUCCUGCGCAACGCCAAACUGGGAAUAGCCGCCUUGCUACUCUGGGUCUUGACGCAAGCAGCGUGGCUGCAGCAGGGCUACGAGUUGGAAUUCCUUGGGGAAAGCACUUUUGUGCCCGGGCUGUGGUCAUCAAGUCUGGGUUUCUUCCUUGCAAAUUGUUGGAUCCUAGGGGUCAUCGUGGGCGACAUCGGUGGGCCCAUGGCCGAAAAGACAGAAACUGCUCAUGUAGCGGAAAAGCUGUGCCCGCACAAGUCGAAGUGGUCCAGCUUCGGCGCAUCUGAGCAACACGCGCCAGUUUACAUGCAGUAG